AGACAAAAGCCUCGCUGUUAUCUCUAUGCAUCAGUAUGUCUCUUUCCUGAUGGAUUAGCCAAUCUCUCUCAGUGAUAGACAGAGCACGGUUUCCUCUUCAUUCCUCUGGAAAACAAGCUGCAUCAGAAUAAUUGCUCUGACUUCAUCCAUUUGGGGUGAAUGAGUCUCCAGAAGAUGCUUUUAUGGGGGUACAGCAAUCCUAUUUUCGUGGUAACUCUUGCUGGUGGAGAGCUGGCAAAAGCGGCUGGGGGGUUUCCCAGCAGCAGGUGAAGGUGGCCCUCAAACCGGCACCAUGACCGAGUGCUUCGACUGCGACAACUGCAAGGAGUCCUUGUAUGGGCGCAAGUACAUCCAGAUGGACAAUGGCCCAUACUGCAUUCCCUGCUACGACGCCCACUUUGCCAAUACAUGUGAUGAGUGCAAGGAGCUGAUCGGCCACGACUGCAGGGAGCUGUACUAUGAGGAUCGCCACUACCACGAGCACUGCUUCCGCUGCUUCCGCUGUGACCGCUCGCUGGCUGAUGAACCCUUCACCUGCCAGGACGAGGAGCUGCUGUGCAAUGACUGCUACUGCAAUGAGUUCUCCUCCAAGUGCAUCGCUUGUGAGAAGACAGUCAUGCCAGGAUCCCGCAAGCUGGAGUACAAUGGACAAACCUGGCAUGAGCACUGUUUCAUAUGCAGCAGCUGCCAGCAGCCCAUCGGGUCACGAUCCUUCAUCCCAGACAAGAAGGAUUAUUACUGUGUCCCCUGUUACGAGAGCAAGUUUGCUCCUCGCUGCACUCGCUGCAAAAAGACCCUGACCAAGGGAGGAGUGACUUACCGGGACGAGCCGUGGCACAAGGAGUGUUUUGUUUGCACAGGCUGCAUGACUCCCCUGGCUGGCCAGCAGUUCACCUCCCAGGAUGACAACCCCUACUGCAUCAAGUGCUUUGGGAAUCUCUAUGCCAAGAAGUGCAGUGCCUGCACAAAGCCCAUCACAGGCUUCGGUGGUGGUAAAUAUAUCUCCUUUGAGGAUCGUCACUGGCACCAUAACUGCUUUAACUGUGCCCGCUGUGACACCUCGCUGGUCGGGAAAGGCUUUAUCCCUGACAAUGAUGAGAUCCUGUGCCGCGACUGCAGCAACGACCUAUGAGCCUUGGAGGACACUGUGGGACAGGGGCUUUCUCUAUUCUUCAGAGUCUUUGUGCCAGUUACCCCUGACAGCAUUGCAGGGGCAGGGCACAAAGCAUAGGAGAUGAGGGCUGACCCCUAACCACUGUGUGUUCAGGAGGUUCCUGUGCCCCUCCUUGAAGGCUAGAGUAUGCUACACUGUGGCUCUGUGCAGAGCCAAAGCUAAAUAAAGUUGAAAAGGAGCUUCAAGAUCCCCAUUAUUUACUCUUUCCUUUUGCUUACUGUCUGUCUGGCAUGAGCUGAGCAAAGGGCAGCAGCAGCAGCUUCAGUGCAGGGCUGCUGGAUCUGCAUGCUGGCAGCAUGCAUUUGCUCCCCUGGGCACGGUGCUCAUUUUUCUUCUUUUUUCCCUGCUCUGCAUGCUGCAGGGCAGCAACUCCCACUCUUUGCCCUGUUUGGGAGACCUGGGGACACCGGGCUGGAGCGGGAGCACGUGUCACCACCAUGGGAUUCCUGCAGCCACUCUGCCACCUAUGUGCUGCACCCUUUGCUCAGCGUGGCUCUGCGACAGAGCUCAGGCACUUGCAGGGCUGUUGCACUGCCCCAAACCCCUGCCUGUCCUUAACUGUUACAACGAGGUGUUGAAAGGCUCUCGCAAGGGCAUGAGCCAGCCUUGCCCGGUGGCUUGGCUGGCCCUGCCCCCCCAGAGCUCCUCUGCAGGGGGAGCUUGUGCUUCUGCCUAGUCUGCAUCCCCCCUUGCUCUGCCCUGCAUGGGGCCCUUCCCCCAGCCCUGCUUUCCUGCUUUACCCGUGCUUCUCUGUAGGCAUCUUCUUGUGAUGUUUAUUCGGGUUUUUUUUGUUUUUGUUUUUUCCUCUUUUUGUAUUCUUUUGUCAUGAUUAUCUGUUAUUCUGUAACCAGCUGUGGGAUGAAGGGACUCUCCCGCCUGCCCAGGAUUCAGUAGGAGCAGAAAAAAUUAUGCAUGUUGAAGUGUUAUUAACUCUGUAUUCAGAUCCUGGUUGAACCCUCGUUUGAAAGCUUUGAUGCAGGCAAAUCAGAGUUUGUGUGUUUGCUAUUCUGAGGCGCUUGGAGCAGUCUCUAGAAGGAAGUGUCCUGAAUGUCAGCCCCUUAUACGUUUCCUAAGGCUUUAUAUAAUAAACCAUUUUAGUGACACUC